AGUAUCGACAUCGCCAUCUUCGACGUCUGCUCGUUGAGUGCCAACGCGAUGUCGUGUUGUGAAGUGGUGUAAGCAAGCGUACAAAGCUCACAGCCAUCGGUUAUCGCGAUGGUGCGGCAGCGUCGCAAAGAACCGAGAGACCACCCCAGAAAGCUUCAGCUGGCAGCCAAGUCCAGGCCGCCACCUGCAAAUGAUGACGAACUUGGCCCGUGGGCGCCUCUCCCCUACACUGCUUUCAAAGCAAUUUUGUCCGCUCGACUAUGUGCAGCAGUGUGGAACAAUAUCGCUGAUUGUGACGAGACCUUCAACUAUUGGGAGCCUACGCACUACCUGAUGUAUGGCAAGGGUCUUCAAACCUGGGAAUACUCUCCUCAGUACGCUAUCCGAUCGUAUGCGUACCUUUGGAUCCAUGCGCUUCCGGGCCUUGUCUACAGCAACCUGCUUCAGUCAAACAGAGUUCUCGUGUUUUACUUCAUGCGCUGCAUCUUGGGCUUUGUCUGCGCGCUUUGCGAAGUCUAUUUCUAUAAAGGUGUGCUCAAACGUUUCGGACCGGUAGUUGCACGCUCGACACUAGUUCUGCUUCUAUUUAGCACCGGCAUGUUUGUCUCCUGUACCGCGUACCUGCCAAGCUCAUUUUCCAUGUAUUGCACGAUGGUUGCGUUUGGAGGCUGGUUCCUUGAUGACCAUCGUGUGACAGUGUUCGCCACUGCCGUAGGUGCUCUAUUGGGAUGGCCGUUUUCGGCGGCACUUAGCUUGCCAGCUGCUUACGACAUAGCUUUUGUCAAGCGCAAGCUUCACCCUUUUCUGGUUUCCUGCGUGAGUUCGCUUGCCUUCAUUCUGCCUAUGCUGAUGACCAUUGACACACACUACUUCGGCCGUACCGUGCUGGCGCCACUCAACAUUGUCAUGUACAACGUGUUCAGCAAGCACGGUGCCAACUUGUACGGGGUCGAGCCGUGGUCCUUCUACUUCAAGAACGGACUGCUCAACUUCAAUAUCGCCUUUGCUGCUGCUCUGGCCUCAGCUCCGGCAGUGUUGAUGCGGCCCAAGUCGGCAAGACAAAAUGUGUCGCCACAGGACUGCCUGCUCGAGUUGGCGCCACUGUAUCUUUGGUGCGCGAUUUUCUUCAGCCAAGCACACAAGGAGGAGCGCUUCCUGUUUCCCGUAUACCCGCUCAUAUGCCUGUGUGCCGCCAUCUGUGUCAGUGUGCUCGAGUCUCUCACCAGCCACUAUUCGCGCGCACUGACAGGCAUUGCACGCCGUGCUGCAUCUGCUGUGGCCCAGCACCUCUGGCUCAUAUUUCUCACUGCUUCCACACUGCUGUCCGUAUCCAGGACAGUGGCCCUCUACCGAAAUUUCAGAGCACCCAUGGAGAUAUAUAUGGAGCUUGGGCCACUUGCAAGCAUCGGUGCUGACAGCCAUAGCGGCCAGGUUGACAUUCCACCAUCAACACUUUGUGUGGGGAAAGAGUGGUACCGAUUUCCCUCAUCUUUCUUUCUACCUCAAAACUGGGAACUCUCCUUCAUUGAGUCAGAAUUUCGAGGGCAGCUUCCUAAGCCCUAUGCAUCCAGUGCUAAUGCAACACGCAUCAUACCGACGGAUAUGAAUGAUGCCAAUAAGGAAGAACGGUCUCGCUACCUAAGUCCAAGCCUGUGUGACUACCUUGUUGACACAGAUGGUCAUGAUGUGACUGAUCGUGAACCUGACUACUCGUCCAGUCCAGACUGGGAAGUUGUCACCUCCGUCAAGUUUUUAGAUAGUAAGAGAUCUCCAGUUUAUGCAAGAACCUUUUAUGUGCCAUUUUUAACAGAACGGCAGUGCUCAUAUGUCAACUACUACCUGCUCAAGCGAAAGAAACCAACUAGGAAUAGGGCUUAGCCGUUCUUUAAUUUUUUUUUCUUUAAAUAAUCCACAACCUGAUGUUCAAAGAAAAUGUAAUUGUACUUAAUACUUGGUUUGUUUGUAUAUGUCCAAGACAUUGCAAGCAUGACUACAGAUAACUUUCAGUAAUGAACUAGUUACACGGUCCUCAAAAUUUUACGUACAGGUAGUUAUUGCAUCAUCCAGUUGGCAUUGCUGUAUUUCCGUAGUGCUUGAAAACAGCGAAAACAUUAUUUGCAUGUACACUGUAAAACUGUGUAGAAUACCUUUUUUGUAGUGCUGAUAAGUUGGUACACUAUAAGAUACUGAAAUCUUUAGCUCUGUGUUAAUUGUUGCAAACAUUGUGCGCAUCAGUACAUUGAGUACCAAAACCAGUUCAGUACUUCAACAGCAUUCAUAAAAAUUUGUUCCAUUGGACCAAAAUAUACAUAAGUAUGGCAUGCUUCAAGGUUAUAAAUUGUGUGCUUCUGAAUUGCUGAAAACCAUAAUUGAAAAGCAUUCCACCAUGAAACAUCGCUGAGUCUCGUAACUGUGUUUGCAUUAUGUUUGUGUACAUGCCGUAAUGACAGCUUUGAUUUUAAAAAAGUGGGAUGCUCUCCCAGCACCUACUACACUUUCCUUGCAUUGCUUUCUGGUGCAGUGAUUCAGUUUACUCUGGAAUUGAGAUGUGUCUUGCAUAGCAUACUGCCUUUGAAAGGUGCUGCAGUAACCCACUAAUGCCAUCAGUUUCGCUGCAGACUUUUUACAAACCACACAAAAAUAAGUACAAAAACAACUAUAAAGGCUGGUGAAGAAAAGUGUAAAAUGCUGAGCUGGGAAAUAUCAAAGUACAGGCAAACAAAGAGAUGUUGUUCACUGUAACUUCAAAGGUUCCAUUCUUGCACUUCAUUCUAUCAAUUAUUCUCUUACAUCGAAUGGCUCACAAGAAGUAAAUGCAAUGUUUCACGGUCAUGUAUGAAUCUUUUCUGUAAAUUUAGUUGCACAUGUGCUUUAAAAACUUGUCAUAUCACUUAUGUUGUGCAAUCAGCAGCUGCUAGUGAGUCAUAAGAGAGGUCACGAUGACUUGUACUUAAAAAAUACAUCUAGAAUGAAAAUGCCAGCCCACCAGGUAGGGGGUGUUUCUUUUUUUUUAACCAUACAGAAUUUUUAUACAUUGUCUGUAACAGACAGGAUAGUAAUUGUAGUCCUUAAGUUUAUUUACUUGAAGUGGCCAACAUUACUUGCAUGAGAAACUGAAGUGCAUAAUUGGCUAAUUACAAAAAUUAAUGAUGACCUUUUGAAAGUAAUUAGUUUACAGCAGAUAUUGCAAGUUACUAAUUAAUAAAACAUGUUGCUGGGCUAGUUUAUGCAUGCUCAUGCUUGCUGGUUUGACAGGUGCACAACUUUGUGUGGGACAGUCUUGCAAUAUCUCUGCAUCAACUUCACUGUCCUGUCCAAAGCUGUGCGCUAGUUAAACCAGCAUGCUACAAAUUGCUGCUGAAGAGUUAACAAAAUUUAUCCAUAAAUAAAUUUUUAUGACGAUGCUACUUUCAGUAUACCCAUUCCCAUAGCGCGCGAUGAAAUGCAUGGUCAUUCCAAAGACAUUUGUACUGCAAAGCAUAAAAGAGUAUAUUGAAAUUAAAUUCUGGGGUUUUAGAUGCCAAGAACAUGAUAUGACAAUGAGGCAUCCCAGUGUAAGAGACUCCGGAAUAAUUUUGACCAGCCAGGGUUGUUUGACAAGUGCCUAAAUCUAAAUAGACGGGUGUUUUUUAGCCCUUCACUCUCAUAGAAACACUGCCACCGUGGCCAGGCAACGAAUCCGCCUCAUUCAGCUUAGCAGUAAAACACUUUAGCCGCCAAGCUACCACAGUGUGUCACAAAACUGUUCUGUCAAAAAAGUAAGUGGAACACUCAGUUUGCACUGCACCCUUGAUGGCGCAUAUUAAAACCCACACAAUGCUGAACAUUUGCUCCACGUAGAUAUGCCUUGCCAACUCACCGGCUACAAUUCUAAAACAGCACUAUGUGGCAUCAUGUAAUAAUUAUUAAAGCUAAUUAGUUAAUUUAUGGUAAUUAGCCAGCUAGGUAUUUAGAUUUUUUACGCAAGUAUUAUCUGUCGCUUCAAGUAGUUGAACUCAAAGUACUACACUUAUGCAUUCUUUCAAAUGCUUUGAAAGCAGCCUGUAUAGUAGUAGCCAUGAUGUUUGUUGCAAUGCUCCUUAGGGAGAAGUCUGGCGCUACCAUUUAUGCGAGUUUUCUUAUGGGCGCUGUGGUGACAUGCGAAUGACAGCAUAAUGUGUCUGCGACUCUCGUGUUGGCUGGCGUUGAGUGAGGCUUGACUUAUAAGAUGGAUACGGAUACAAAAGAAAACUUUUGUAGUAGGCUUUCAUUCAUUUAUAUUACAUUCGUCAACAGUUUUCUAACAUGGUAUGCGUAAUAAUGUGGUGAAAAGAAAAGAGAGAAACAGACAACAAACUGUCACAGAGUGAGCAGAGACCUUGUUGUCUGCCCUUCAAUUAGUGUAGAACCGACACCCUUUACACUUCAUAUAACUGUGCAUCCUAGCAAAAGUUUUUAUAAUUAAAUGAAGCAUGUUCUUGUGUAAUACUAAAGCAAAAGGAACUGCUCUUUACAUACAAGCUUUAUUGCAAUAUGAGCCACUGUGACAGAUGGAAUGCUGCUUUGGGUGUUCUGGCUUUUGGAAACGAUGCCAAUCCGAUGUCACCAUAUCCCGGCAUUGCCAUGCAUUAAACAACGUCCAGCGCCAGUUUUCUCCCUAGCUAAUUGUAAGAAGCUGUAUGGUAACAGCCACUAGGCAGCAGUGCUUUCCGAUUGCUGCCCAGAAUGAAGGUGUAUAUGUGGCCAAUUUUGUAUUUAAAGAUUAGGAAUGGUGGCAGUUGAGGAAAUAGGGGGCUAGUUGUCUUGAAAUUUCAUCUAUGAAGUUCAUCAUCAGUGGAGUAGUGACUCCUUCAAAUAAUGGUUUAAGGAGACUAGCCAU